ACGCGGAUUGAAAGAAACCCAAAACCCUGUUACCCAUUCUGCAUAAUUUUGAACGAAACCGCCUGAAUGCGAAUUCUCAAAAUGCUACACCCCCCCAACUCCCACUCCCCCUCUUCCCCCCGCCCCUCUUCUUCCAAUCCAGAAUCUCUCUCCCUCCGUCCCUCCCUCCCCAGAACCAAAACCCUCUCUCCUGAUCAACCUCACAAAUUCAGACCCUCAGCCCUGAUAUUUUCUCUCCUCUCUCUAAAAAUUUCUAUUCCUUUCUCUUCUCUGUUCUUUUAUUCUUUUGAAUCAGUAAUUGUUUCUCCGUUAGAUUAGCCUGAGGUUACAUUACAUUACAUUUGAUUGCUGAUUUGAUCAAUCCGUUGAUAGUCGAAUUGUUGUUGUUUCGCGUUGUUGUUGUUAUUGUUCUUGUUCUUCUUUCUUUUUUACUUUUGUUUUGGAUCUUUUGAUCUUUCUUUGAUGAUGGAUGUAGCUCAGCAGACACAAGAUCGAACCUCCUCAACUGGAGAGAGACCUGUUGGCCCCGAUAACUUGAGUGAACAGCUUUCGCCCAAAGAUGAGAGAGUUGUUUCUGCAAAUCCUUCUCCGAAUGCAGCCGUCAUAGGGCCAUUGAGGGAUGGCACUGGCCAACAUGAAUCUUCAGUUUGUAGUGGAGUUAUCAGCGCUGUCCACCCAGUCAAUGUCCAUGCAUCUCAGGAGCAAAUAUUUCAUUAUGGAGCUUAUGCGAAUAGCACUGGUACUUGGAAUGGGUAUCCUCACUAUCUUAGUGCUGACAAUUUGCCAGUUGUAUCUUCGGUCAUCUACAGUGAUAAUUCUUCUCUUGUGUUUCACCCUGAUUAUGGAUUUAAUUCCCGAAUGGCAUAUGGACAAUAUUCCCCUGCUGCAACACCUCUGGCUUCUGUAAUGUUAGAUGGGCAGUUAUACACUCCACAGCAGAUCCCAUUCUCUCUCCCUUCUCCUUAUUACCCACAACCUCUUCCUCCUGUUGUUCCUCAUGUUUCUUCAUCAGCCACAGUUUCACAGACUGAGUUGAUGGUGCCGAAAAGUAGUGGCCAAGAAGGUGUUGGUGAUCACAUGCCUUUUGGAUCAGGAUCAGGCUACUUUGUACAGUUUGGAUCCCUAAGUGGUGGAGGAGAUGUUUCUGGAAAUUCUGGAAUUUACAAUCUGCAAGGGGUGUCGGGACCUGUUGAACCUUUUUCAAAUCAAUCAAAUACAUCAGAUGCAAAUAGGCCUUUGACUUCAUUGACAUGUCCAGGAACUUGUGGCCAACCUAUUGGCAUACUUGGGUCAUAUGAGCACAAUGUUCGACAGAUUUCCCCACAACUGAGGCAAUCGCAGGGAUUUGGGUCGAUAUCAACUCUGUAUGGUAAGCAGUACCUUCAUGAGGGUUCGCAAGAGUCUCAACCUGUCUCUAAGUUUGGUAGUACAUCCAUCUCUCAUGCCAGAGUUAAUGAGCAAAACAGACUCAUUGUUGACAAGGGUAGAAGACGUGAAAGGGACUGCGAUUCAGUCUAUACAUCUUUUGAUUCACAUGAUAUUGCCAGUGAUCGUAACCGAGGACCAAGGGCAUCAAAGUUAAAGGGUAAGGGUACUGCUGAACAGGGCCUUUCAUCUGGUAUUAGCAAAAAUGAUGCAUCUAUGUUCGGAGCUAAACGUGAUUUCUACAAUCGCCCAGAUUUUGUCACUCAUUACGAGAGUGCCAAGUUCUUUAUCAUCAAGUCCUUCAGUGAAGACAAUGUUCACAAGAGCAUCAAAUAUGGUGUCUGGGCUAGCACACCACAUGGAAAUGGGAAAUUAGAUGCUGCAUUUAGUGAGGCAAAGGAGAUAAAAGGCAGUUGUCCUGUAUUUCUCUUGUUUUCGGUUAAUUCUAGUUCACAAUUCUGUGGGUUAGCUGAAAUGGUUGGUCCUGUAGAUUUUAAGAAGAAUGCAAAUUACUGGCAACAAGAUAGGUGGAAUGGGCAGUUUCCAGUCCGGUGGCAUAUUGUCAAAGAUGUCCCCAACAGUCGAUUCCGUCACAUAUUACUAGAGAAUAAUGAGAACAAGCCUGUUACUCACAGCCGAGACACUCAGGAGGUGAAACUGGAGCAGGGUAUUGAAAUGUUGAAAAUUUUCAAGGAUUAUGAUGCACGCACAUCCAUCUUAGACGAUUUUGUUUACUAUGAUGAACGGGAGCGAUCCUUGCAGGAAAGGAAGGCCAGACAGCUAGCUAGGUGUACAACUGAUGCUCCAGCUUUACAUUCUGGUGAUCCCGUAGACCAUGUGUCUGAUCACCUUGCUCGAAACCUGAAAUUGGAAGAGGAUGGUAAAGAAGUAGAAACCACCGCCAAAGGGAUGGUAGGAACCUGAGUGAAGCAUUGUCAACAAGGUAGCAAUAAUUGUGCUAAAUGGAGCGUUUGGAUUUAGUUAUUUUGGAAGAUCUGGCAAUCAAGUUGUAGUCUAAUGGCUCUUCUGUGAUUUUAAAAAUCCUAUUCCUGCUCGUAAGAAGUAGGGCUUUCAGGCAUUUUAACAAGUGUAGCCAUGAUCCACAAAUGCUUUCUUUUUUCCCCCUGCCAAGAAAGUUCUCUGCUGCUCAGAGCAGUUAAGCGGUAUGUUAGGCACUCCCGCGCAGUCUGGAAUCUGAGGUGCUUCUUCAAGACUUGUACUUCUAAUUUUUGCCCUCGCCUCUAAAUUGUUGUCUCAAGGGGGUUAGUCUUGUUUGGGAAGUAGGUAAGGACUGUAUCAUUGGAGGUUGGGCUGGUUGGGGGUCAAGCACCUCACUGUUUUGGAUAUAUCCUUCUUUGUUUAAUGAUCUCAAGGACUUGCAAUAGUCCCAACUUUGGGAGCCAAAUAAAAUAUGUUUUGCGGCAAAAUAAUUGUUGUUGAUGCAAAAACAUAUUUAUCCCCACCACUUUGUCUUUGUUAUGUAGACAGCAAGGUACUGCAGCUGCUGUGAGUCUGAUUUCAUAAUAAUGGUUUGGUGCAAACUCAAGAAAGUCUCGAGCUGCAUUAAUAUAUAUAUAUAUUUUCGCAACAGAACUGAAA